ACAAUACGAACGUUAUGGUCUGUCUACUCUUAUUGUAAACCGGUUUUUAGUUAGUUUAGCAGGAGUCACAACCAGACUGUUAUCUCGGCCUCUAUUUUCUCAUGAUUUAGUGUAAACAUUUGUAAUUUGUGGGGAGCAUGCCAGCGUUGGUUAUCGCUCAUAGUAGAGUUAACUUGCACGUUGUCGGUUACAAGAUAAGAGCAACUUCUCAGAAGUCCUCGCCCUUUACAUCACGCAAGGAGUGUAUUUUUCGGACUUUAUAGCACACCACCAUGGUGCUGAAGAUCUUCUUUCCCCAGUGCUGUAACACUGCCGAAAGCGGCCUGCUGGUUGGGCGCUGGAUCCCAGGUCACGAUUCUGCUGUGGUUCUGGCUGUCAUUCACUACCCCUUCAUACCGGGUCAGGUGAAGAAGUACUUGAGUGAGCUGCAGAGCCAGACUCAGGUGGAUCUGACUGUCCUGGGCUCCUGGAGUAUGCCCAAAGAAGGCCAAGAAGGAAUGGACAGCUUCCUAAAAGACCUGAGUACCGUCUUUCCUCAGAAAUGUUGGCUGCAGUUGAGCCGCGAGAUUGGCAAAAGAGGCUUUACUUGUCAGGUGGUCCAAAACAAUGGGAAACUUCUGCAGGACCAGGAGCAGAAGAACGGCGAUGAUAAGAUCAUCCUCGUUCAUUACGACCAGAGGAAGGUUAUGCUGUCCCAGCUUCACCCUGUACAGGAUGUCGGCCAGAAGUCUGAUGUUGAGCCCUCAGAGCUGCGCUUGGUCUUCCUGACAGUUGCUCAAAGUCAGCCUCUCUUUUUCCUGGACAAGUAUGACGACGGGCCUCUCAAACUCACCCACUGGCAGUCUGAAGGCAGGGAGGCUAGUAUUAUUGCAGAGCUUCUAAAACAAGUGUCAGUUCCGGUCUGCAUCUUCCUAACAUGGCUGCUGUCUCUGUGGCACUGGUUGUGCAGCUUCAGGAUUUUGCAUUUGCGUCCAGUGCUGUUCAUCUCAAGCAAGCUGUCCACCUGUGUUCAGUCCGGAUACAGAGCAGUUCAUUUCAAGACUGUUUUCUCUCCCAAAAAAGCUGCUACACACAUGGAAUUCAUGAGGUACAGUACUUGGGUCGGUGACAUACAAGAGCAUCAUUGAUAACAAAAAGACAAAAAUCGGGUUUAAAAUACAUGUGCCAACUUCUUAGAAGUGUACUCUUUGAAUUCAUGUUGGUUUCAU